CCGAGUCCUUUAAAUGUACUGUACGUGCAAAGAUGGCAGCUCAAGUCGACUUGCUCCGUGCGAAAGUAGAAGAAGAAAGGCUGAGGGACAGUCUUGAAAGAUUCAUUAAAGAGAGGAAAAGGAAGAAGAAAAGGGACUUGUCGCCGUCAGCUGACAAACGGGAGAGGGCUGAGAAAGAGGCGAAGAAAGUGAAGCUCCAUCACCACCAACACGCUGAGCACCGGAGCCACCGGAGCCACCAGCCGCAUCAGCUGCAGCCAAACCCCAAAGCCCACAACUUCAGCGCGGGUAAACAUGUCCUGCACAGCCACAAACACAGCCACCACCACCACCAUGACCACGGUCUCAGCAACGGCACGAAAAAGAACCUGGAGCCGACUCUGCCUCCUCCUCCUCCUCCUCCUCCUCCUCCUCCGCGGAAGGUACCAGAGCAGCUGCAGAAGAAGCGAGCGGUGCCCCCCGAGCCACCUGCGCUGUUCACUUUCACGCCUCUCAAAAUGGUCAAGGCCAAGCCCCAGGAUUUCAAAGAACAGCAUCUGGAUAAAGAGCUGAAACUGAAGCUCAAGAAGGAAAACACCGAGGCCAACGUGAAACACGCUGAACUGAAGAAAAAGAAGGAGCCAAGGCCCCACAAUGAGAAUGUCAAGUCUCUAACACUGGAGGAAUAUCUCCUGAAGAAGAAAAAGAAGAAGAAGAAGCACCGCGAGGAUGAGCACAGUGCCAAGAAGGUCCGAUACAUGCACAACAAAGCGGUUCAGACUGUAUGUGCGGGGCUUGGAACCGACCUCACUCUGCCCGUUUGUCCUGAUCCGUCUCUGCCGGGCGCCACGAAGCACGAAAGCAAUCGCCAGGCUGUCAGAGACACUGUCGGCAACCACCAACCCUACCUCCAUGCUGUCAAACUGGGACACGUCCCCUUCCUCUCCCACCAAGACCACUACAUCCGCAGCUCCUGCCUCCAGACAGGCACCUGGUGUGGACGUUUCAUGCAUGAGGAGCGGCAAGCCAAUGGCGGGGGAUCAGUUCUGCAUGCCUAUGCUGAUGAGCUAGCGAGUCUCAGCCCUGCUGAGAUGGAGUGCUUUGCCCAGGAGUUUCUGGAGUUGGCCUUUGCUGAGAAGCCCAGAGGUGCAGCCUCCUAUGCCUUGGCAGUGGUGCACAGCGCGGCCUCCUACCUGCCUGACUUCCUCGACUACUUCGCCUUCAACUUCCCCAACACACCAGUCAAAAUGGAGAUACUGGGCAAGAAAGACAUUGAGACCACCACCAUUGCCAACUUUCACUCUCAGGUGAGCCGGACUUACUGUUCGGGAACGUACCGGUCCGGACCCAUGAGGCAGAUCAGCCUGGUGGGAGCCGUGGAUGAGGAAGUUGGAGACUAUUUCCCAGAGUUCCUUGACAUGCUGGAGGAGUCGCCCUUUCUCAAGAUGACCCUACCAUGGGGAAGCCUCUCCAGUCUGAAGCUGGACUGUCGCUCUCAGAGUGACGAUGGGCCCAUCAUGUGGGUGCGACCAGGAGAACAAAUGGUACCCACUGCUGACAUGCCCAAGUCGCCUUUCAAAAGACGCAGGUCCAUGAAUGAGAUAAAAAAUCUACACUACCUACCGAGGGCCAGUGAACCCAGAGAGGUCCUGUUUGAGGACCGGACUAAGGCCCAUGCUGACCAUGUAGGCCAGAGUUUUGACUGGCAGAGCACCGCUGCUGUCGGGGUACUAAAGGCAGUGCACUUCGGAGAGUGGAAUAACCGACCUCGGAUAACCAAAGAUGUAGUGUGUUUCCAAGCUGGGGACUUCAAUGAAGUUGUCCAAAGGCUGCAGUUGGAUCUGUACGAGCCCCCAGUGUCUCAGUGUGUCCAGUGGGUGGACGAUGCCAAGCUCAACCAGCUGAGGAGGGAAGGCAUCCGCUACGUCCGGGUCCAGCUCUGUGACGACGACAUUUACUUCAUCCCAAGGAACGUCAUCCACCAGUUUAAGACGGUGUCUGCAGUCUGCAGUCUGGCCUGGCACAUCCGCCUCAAACAGUACCAUCCAGAGGAGAAGAACAAGGAGCAGGAGCAGCGGCCAAACGAUCUCAGCCCCACCUCAGGCCGAGUCUCUUUUUCCUCCCCCGCCAGGCCUGACGCCACCGUAACCCCCUGUGCGCGACCACAGGGAGACAACACGCAAGGUGGGGUGGCAAAGACUGAAGAACCAGAGUUCCAGAGGCCGGCGACACCUCCCAAGGAGCCUCAGCCAGCCCCUCCACAGCCCACCAAAUCUGCUCACUUACCCCCGACAUACCAGAAUCCCCACCUUUCCUUGGAACCAGUCCACUCUGGGUGUACACCUUCAAAAGAGCCCACUCUUCCAAAAGUUCUCGGCCACAAUGCAGACUUCCCCAAAUGACCUCCCGCCACCCCGCCACCCCCUCACAGUCUCUCUUUCUGCCCACUUUGGGAGGAGAAGGAAUUGUCUAAAACUGACGUCUGUGUCAAUCAGGAAACGUUUCAACUUAAAUUAUUCUUGGCUUUUUGUUGUCUUGGUUUAGUGUUGGUUAAAAUGUUCAGCCAAAGUAUACUGUUUAAAGGUUUUUUUGUGAGCAUCGCAAGCCACCGUACUUUCUCCUACACACCUGGAAUGAGAGGGUGAGGCAAAGGGAUUGUAAUCUGCAGCUACACCGCUGGAUGCCACUAAAUCAUACACACUGGUUCUUUAAUGUGACUAUGUAACACAUUUUUUUGUAUUUGACAGCACCUGAACUGGAACUCUUUACUGUCUCAUUCAAAAGGUGUGUACCAUAUACAGAAAGUAGUAUUUUAUAAGUUGCCACACUUACUGUAGGAGACAAAAUCUUUAAUUUAUGCUCAAGGCUCAGCUGUUUAUUUUUUGGCAGAAUUAUUUCAUGGAAGAUGGAAGUCGGUAGUUUUCACAAGUGCAGGUGGAAUGAUUGUGUACAUACUUAAUGUAUGAUUACUCUGGAAGCAUGAUACUGACAUUAUACUGUCGUAUUCAUUUCAGUGGCAGAGGCAUAUAGACUAACCUUACGCAGAAGAUGCAGUUCAUUUAGUUUCAUAGACAGAUUUUCUGUUGUCUGAAAAACUGGAACUUUUCCAUUUUAGUCAAAAUCCCGGCACAUAUUGGAUUUCCUGGAUUGGAGCCAGUAAGCCAGUAAACAUAGGAUAAUCGCAAGGAGUAAAUUGAAGUGUAAGGAUGAGUAAUUAAACUACAAACACGUAAAACCUUUUUUGUCAGCUUUUUAAGUUGCAAUUUUUUAUUUAAAUGCCAUUUUAUACAGCACCCUUUUCUUACUGUUGAUACUGUUUUUGAUAUUUUAUUUAUUUUCUUAAGAUUGAGCUCAAAAUAUAAACACUCAAGUUUAUAAGGUGUGAUGAAUAUUUAAGAUUAUUAUCUAAUUAUAGGGGCACCAAUAAAUGACGAAGGAAUUUCGGCUAUUGCGUUUAGCAAUAAUUGUCUGAAUCUUUUUUUCAGGUGUGGAGUAUGUCUUCAGAAUUUGGUAUGUAAAUAUUAUGGUGUUGUAUGUGAAUGCUGUUUGUGCACUCAAGUCAUUUUUCACUUCAAAUUCAUCUUCACCUUUAGUUUUAGCUGGUAAUGUCACUGGGUUGUUAAAGGCACCAUUGUAGAAGGUCACUGUGGUUUAGUGUAAUGUGUGGAUUUAAACUGCGAAUGCCUCGAGUUUUUUCCAGCAAAGUCUGAAAUAAUGAAGCCUCCUACAAAAUGAUCCGAGGCUGAACUGUUCCGCAAUGGAAGUGAAUUUCACAUUUCUUUCAAAAAAAAAAAAACAACAACUUCAUAUUGACCGUGGUUACCCAGAGUUUCUGAUCAGAGAUCUACAGUUCACCUGAACCUCACAGAGGCUUUCAUUAUGUGGUCUUCUACAAGCAGUUUUCUGUAAAGGAAGUGAUGAUGUGAUACUGCCUUUGCUCUACCACUGACUACGUCUUAGUGCCUUGUACUGUAUUCAAUUAGCCUCAUUUAAAACUGUGAGGUUUAUUUGCUGAUGAGUAGGAUGGUGAAAUGGGUAUUGGCCAAGCAGCCAUAGUGUAUCUUGUUUCUUUUAUUUAAAAAAAAUGUUGCUCACAUUCUUUUUGAAUUCUACAUCUGCAUGUCACCUGGAAGCAAAAUUACUACAUCCUACUGUUAUUGUAAUUUCUGCCUUUUAUACUAGAUCCUAUUCAAGAAGCAGGAUGCUUAUUUUUGUUUGUCAGAAAUAUGUCAUAGGGUCUUGACUUAAUAGCUCAAAGUAGAAAUAAAUUAACAGUUCCAAUACUGUCACAUCAGCCUUUUGUCAUACUUGUUGUGAUGCUCUGUGUUUAAGAACCAAUGAUUGCUGUUAUUAAUGUUUGUACUGAGAUGAUUUUAAUACUUUUUGUCAGUUUCCUGAGUGAUCAGUUAAACACAGUAAGGAUCUGGUACUAAUAUGAUUCAGUCUGUUAAGUA